ACUGGUGGAUAUGACUACGAUGUUAAAUUUUGGGAUUUUGCUGGAAUGGAUGCUUCUCUCCAAGCUUUUCGUUCACUCCAGCCUUGUGAAUGUCAUCAAAUCAAAUCUCUACAAUAUAGCAGCACAGGAGAUGUCAUUCUCGUUGUCUCUGGUAACUCUCAGGCAAAAGUUCUUGACAGAGAUGGCUUCCCAGUGAUGGAGUGCAUAAAAGGAGACCAAUAUAUUGUGGAUAUGACAAACACAAAGGGUCACACAGCAAUGCUCAAUUCAGGCUGUUGGCAUCCAAAAAUAAAGGAAGAGUUUUUGACAUGUUCUAAUGAUGGAACUGUGAGGACGUGGGAUGUUAACAAUGAGAAAAAGCAUAAAAGCGUAUUUAAACCACGAUCAGUUCAAGGUAAACGGGUGAUUCCUACAAUGUGCACAUACAGCAGAGAUGGCAAACUAAUUGCAGCUGGCUGUCAAGAUGGCUCCAUCCAGAUCUGGGAUAGGAAUAUGAGUGUACACACAAAGUUCCACUGCAGGCAAGCCCAUGCUGCAGGCACCGACACUUCAUGCUUGACAUUUUCCUAUGAUGGCACUGUCCUUGCCAGCCGGGGAGGAGAUGAUACUUUAAAGUUAUGGGAUAUUAGACAAUUUAAAAAGCCUCUUAAUCCAGCCGCAAGACUGCCCAGCUUCUUUCCAAUGACAGAUUGUUGUUUCAGCCCAGAUGAUAAAAUACUUGUCACAGGCACCUCUGUUAAGAAGGGUGGUGGCAGUGGGAAGCUUAUUUUCUUUCACCGGGAGACAUUCCAGAAGUUGUAUGAGAUAGAAGUUACAGAUGCG